UGCAAUACUCUGCAUAGUCUGCAUUGCUUUACAUACUCUGUUUACCGUGAUUACCUUGUCCGUGUGUCUUAUAGGUUAUCUAAUCCAACAUGAUUUGUAAUACAAAUAUAAUAUAAUUCUGAAAAUCGUCGAUUAUAUUUGUUACGUUGUUUUCUAAAUAGACACUGAUAGAGUGUACUAUAUAGCAUAGUAAGACACUAUUAUUCUGUAUUUAUCGCAUAAUCAUUAAGCAUUUUACGAAUUACCAAUUUAUUUUGUGGUUCACCAUGGUUCGUCAUAAUAAUCAGUUACCUAACAAUUUAACACAGUUACAAAAUUUAAUAAAAAGGGAUCCUGAUUCCUACAAAGAAGAAUUUCACCAGCAAGUUGCCCAUUUUGAUACAACGUUAGAAAUUUUUAACUUAAAUCCCACUCAAUACAGUAAGAAAUUGGAAGAACAAGCUAUGUUUUUAGCUCAAGUAUCACAGUGUUACUUGAACGAAAUGAAAUUGUUUCCACAAAAAAUUGUAGACAUUUUGAAAACGCACAAUACAGUAAUGCAUAAUGAUAUCAGACUAUCAUUGUGUAAAUGUUUAAUUUUAUUAAGGAACAAAAACUUUAUUACACCAUUUGAUUUAUUGGAAUUAUUUUUCCAACUGUUAAAGUGUCAAGAUAAAUUUUUAAGGGACUUCCUGAAAACACACAUAAUUACUGAUAUUAAAAAUAUUAAUAUGAAAAACAAAGAUAUGAAAUUUAAUUCAACAUUACAAAAUUUCAUUUUUUCCAUGCUGCAAGCCUCAGAUGCGAAAGCAGCUAAACUUUCUCUAGAUAUUUUGGUAGAACUUUAUCAGAAAAAUAUUUGGAAUGAUCAUAAAACAGUUAAUAUAAUUGCAGACAUUGGAUGUUUCUCCAAAGUGACUAAAGUAAUGGUCGCAUCAUUAAAGUUUUUUUUGGGUAAAGAUGAAGAAGAAAAACAGGAUUCUGACAGUGAUGAUGAGAUAGACCCAAGGGAUACAAUGAUAUCUAAUAAAUUUAAUAAAAAAACUCGCAAAAGGGAGAAGAUGGUAGAGAAAGUAAAAAAGGUAGCAAAGAAAAUGAAAAAGAAAAAGCAAAAGGCUCCUUCAUUCAACUUUUCAGCACUUCACCUUAUAAAUAACCCACAAGGAUUUUCUGAAAAGUUGUUUAAACAAUUGGAAUCUUCAAAUGAGAGGUUUGAAGUUAAAUUAAUGAUGUUAGAUGUUGUGUCUAGGUUGAUUGGAUUACACAACCUGUUUUUAUUUAACUAUUAUCCAUUUAUUGCUCGUUUACUCAUGCCGCAUCAAAGGGAGGUGACUCGUAUUUUACAAUUUGCUGCUCAAGCUUCACAUGAACUGCUACCACCAGAUGUAAUUGAACCAGUUAUGAAAGCAAUUGCGAAUAACUUCAUUACUGAAAGAAAUUCAACUGAUGUUAUGGCUGUAGGCUUGAAUGCAGUACGAGAGAUUUGUUCCCGUUGCCCUCUUGCUAUAGAUGAAGAUUUACUGAGAGAUUUAGUUCAAUACAAGAGUUACAAAGAAAAAUCAGUAAUGAUGGCUGCAAGAUCUCUAAUACAACUGUACAGGCAGUCAAUGCCCAACCUUCUACAUAAGAAAGAUAGAGGUAGACCAACAGAGGCAUCUUUAGAGGUGAAAUCUAAAAAAUAUGGUGAAAUGAAAAUUGAAAGUCACAUACCAGGUUCUGAAAUAUUACUUGAGAAGAAAUCAUUAGUCAAAGAAGAUAAGAAGAAAAAUACUAAGAAACAAAAUAAAGGUGUUGAUUCAGAUAGUGAGGAUUGGAUUGAUGUUGCUUCAUCAGAUUCUGAAAUAGAAAUACCCACUGACAGUGAAGAUAGUGUUGAUGAAGAAGAAGAAAGUAAUAAUGAGCAGGAUAAUGAUGAGGAAGAAUGCAAUGAGGAGCAAGAUAGUACCAAUGUUGAAGAUAGUCAAUCUUCACCUUUGAAACCCAGAAAAAUACUAAAAGCGAAACAGGCCAAAACUCAAGAAAAAGAGGAAAAAACAAAGCAAGCUCGUGAAAUAGCAAUGGAAACAAUAUUUACUGAUGAAGAUUUCAAGCGUAUUGAAGCAGCUCAAGUAAAAAAACAGGUUAAGGGUAUCAAACGAAAGAGUGGUAUUGAAGAAGAAACUGAUGAAAAUGGAGAACUUGUACAACUGUCAGCAAUAGAAAAUAUUCAUAAAAAGAGGAAACAUGAUAAAAAUGCUAGACUUGAAACUGUUAUGAAAGGAAGAGAAGAAAGAGAUAAGUAUGGUUAUAAAGAUCGUAGAAAAAACAUUAAUUGCUCAAAAACAAAUAGAGAAAAAAGAAAAACCAAGAACUUCCAAAUGGUUAGACAUAAAGCUAAAGGCAAAACCAAAAGGUCAUUCAAAGACAAACAAAUUGCAUUUCGAAAUUACUUAAUUAAACAAAAGAAAAUGCGAUAACCUUGUAGUAGAUAUAUUACAGAAUUUGUAACAAAACUAUAUAAUAUGCAACUGUUGCAGUUGUUUUGUAUUAAUAUUAUAUAUUUAAUAUUUCUGAAGCAAUGUUUUAUUUCUCUUUUGCUUUGAAUUUGUGUUCUAAUUUAUUCCAAAUAAAAAUAUACAAGG